GGUAAUUUACGAAUGGAGGAGUUGGUGUGAGGGAAAAAACAGAUUCCCUCGUCUGCUUGGUGCGCUUGAACUCUCUCUCUCGCCGUCUCUUUGUUUGCUCUUCCAGGAAAAUCUGUUUUCCCGGAAAUGGAAUUUCGAUGUCGUUUCUGCAUAUGAGAAGAGGAGGUACAUUUUUUAUUUGAUUGAAGAUUGGCCUCGAAAUCAGUAGUCUCUUGGCGUAAGAUCUCGGGACUGGUUUGCUUUAUUUUGUUUUUUUGCUUAUAUACAGUUGCCGGGUUAAUCCAUAACAUAGAGAAAUGGCGGGUAGUACUUCUGGUCCAGAGUGUGACAAUUUUGACUGGGACACUGAAGACGAGCUUGAAAUUGAGAACUUUCCUUUAUCUUCUUCAUCUCGUCUUCCACUUCCUAAUGGAGAAGCUAGAGGAAGUCCCGCAAAGGCUAUCUUAUCAGCAGUUUCUUCCGGACCCAAGUUGAUCGAUCAUUUUGUUCGGAUGGGGUUCUCUGAAGAAAUGGUUGACAGGGCAAUCCAGGAAAAUGGAGAGGAUAACUUGGAUUUGAUACUUGAAGCUCUUCUCAGAUAUACGGAAACUGCAGCAGCCGGUCCUUCCAACUCCAAAUGUUUUGAUCAUUUUGUAGGGAUGGGUUUUUGCGAGACGAUGGUUGCCAAAGCAAUAGAGGAAAAUGGAGAGGGCAAUACAGAUUCAAUAUUGGAAGCUCUACUCACCUAUUCGGCUCUUGAAAAAUCUCCCCAAGAACAGACCCAUUUUGAGUCAGACUACUGCUCUUCAGAAUGUGAAGAAAAUUUUCUUGAUGAUUACUCAGAUAUAGAUAUUUCUUCUGAGGAUGAGGAAACUAACGGUCCUGUGAAUUCUGAGACGAACAAACUUUUAUUCCUAGUGAAAAUGGGGUUCAAAGAAGGGGAUGCCUUAGUAGCGAUAGAGAGAUGUGGUCCAGACUCCACCGUUGAAGAGUUGACAGAUUUUAUAUCUGCAGCUCAAGUGGCAAGGGAUGCAGAUGCUCUACUACCCCCAGAAGAUACGCCAAUUCUAAGGCGUAGACAGCUUCUUGAUCGUGAUAUAUUGAGAAAGAAAAAGAAGGCGAGGGUUCAAAAUGAAGAUGACGAGACAAUUCGUCUACCGAAACCGAUGAUUGGGUUUGGAGUCCCUAAUGGACCAGCAGCCCCUCUGACCUAUAGAAAUCUUCCAGAGGCAGCCAUGGGGCCUCCCUACUUUUAUUAUGAGAAUGUGGCAUUGGCUCCAAAAGGGGUUUGGACAACUAUUUCAAGAUUCUUAUAUGACGUGGAGCCAGAGUUUGUUGAUUCAAAGUAUUUUUGUGCGGCUGCUAGGAAAAGGGGCUACGUCCACAACCUUCCCAUUCAGAACAGAUUUCCCCUUCUUCCUCUGCCUCCACAUACCAUACAUGAAGCAUUGCCCCUAACAAAGAAAUGGUGGCCUUCUUGGGACGAGAGGACUAAACUGAAUUGCUUACAGACAUGCAUUGGGAGUGCAAAACUGACAGAGAGAAUUCGCAAAGCUCUUGAACAGUAUGAUGGUGUUCCCCCAUUGAGUGUCCAGAAGUUUGUUCUAGAUGAAUGCAGGAAAUGGAAUCUGGUGUGGGUUGGAAGAAACAAGGUUGCACCACUUGAGGCAGAUGAAGUGGAGAUGCUUUUGGGUUUCCCCAAGAACCACACGAGGGGAGGUGGAAUAAGUAGGACUGACAGAUAUAAAUCUCUUGGCAACUCAUUCCAGGUUGACACAGUUGCCUAUCACCUCUCAGUCCUAAAAGACAUGUUCCCUGAAGGCAUCAAUCUUCUCUCUCUUUUUUCCGGGAUUGGCGGUGCAGAAGUUGCCCUUCAUCGGCUUGGUGUCCGUUUGAAAACUGUGGUUUCAGUGGAGAUCUCAGAAGUUAACAGAAAUAUCCAAAGGAGUUGGUGGGAGCAAACUGGCCAGAAAGGGAGAUUAAUUGACAUUGAAGAUGUGCAACAACUGAAUGCUGAUCGAUUGGAGGAGAUAAUGAGUAAUUGUGGUGCAUUUGAUCUAGUUGUUGGAGGGAGUCCAUGUAACAAUCUUGCAGGCAGCAACCGCCACAGCCGAGAUGGACUUGAGGGUAAAGAAUCAUCAUUAUUCUAUGACUAUUUUCGUAUUUUGGACUUGGUCAAGUGUAUGAUAACAAACAGGCAAUGACAUUGAUUUGAAAGAACAUAUUUGCAUAUGUGAACAGUAAUUUUUUUCUCCAUUCUCUGCUAA